CCCCCUUACCCUUGCUCCUCCUCCUCCUGAACCCCUAUAGGAAACCUGUCGCUCCUCCUUCAGUUAGAAACUGCACUCCCCUAUAGACAACCUCCCUAACCCCGUAAACCCGCUCCUUCUUCCUCCUCCUCUCCAUAGGAAAUCUGUCCAUCCUCCUAUAGAAACCUCGCCCCUAUAGGAUAUCCGCCCCUCCUCUCAAGGGAAACCUGUUCUUCCUCUUUUAGAAAUAUCCUUCCCCAUAAGAAACCUGCCCUUCCUUCUCUUCCUCUAAAGAAAACUUGAGCUCCAUCCCCUAUAGAAAAUUUGCCUGUCCCUCAUCAUCUUGAUACUCCUUCCCAGUGAAGAAACCUUUAUUAGAAAUCUGCCCUCCCUUUAGAAAACUCGCCCCCUCCCCUUCCUCUUCCUCUUCUCCCUCUAGUUUCAGAAAUAUGCUCUCCCUCCUCCCUUAUAGGAAACCUGCCCAUCCUUGGUCAUAGGCAUCAAUACCCCACCUCCACCUUCAUCCUUUCUUCCAGGAGAGCACCCCAGGAGACCCCAAACAUUUUCUACGUGUGCUGGGGAAAAAGACGCCCUAACUGGGAAAAAGACACAGGUCAACCAAAGUCCUCCCCCGCCUCCCCCGGCCGGGUGGGUUGGCAGGGAAAGCCCAGAGGGGCGGGGGCGGGGAGAGGGGAAAUGGGGCGGCUGACGUCACUUCCGCCCAGGCCUGGCAGUGGCUGAGCCUGGCUGUGCUCGGGGCCAGCAGUAGCAACAGCAGCGGCUGUAGCUGAGGAGAAGGGAAGGAGGGAAGGCAGGAAGGAAGGAGCGUCCCGCCUCGCCACUCGCCUCAACGCGCCCCGGACUCAGCGGAGCACCCAGCAGGGACCGCGACUCCGCGGGCCUGCGCCACUCACAGGAUCGGCCGGGCCGGAUGGGCGCCUGAACCUUGGGCCCCUCAGCGCCCAGGAUCGGGGCCGGUUGAGAGCUCCAGGAAGCUGAGAGCAGGAUGUUCCGGUUCAUGAGGGACGGAGAGCCUGAGGAUCCCAUGUUCCUCAUGGACCCUUUUGCUAUUCAUCGACAGCAUAUGAGCAGGAUGUUGUCAGGGGGCUUUGGCUACAGCCCUUUCCUUAGCAUCACAGAUGGGAGCAUACCAGGGGCUCGGCCUGCUAGUCGAAGGAUGCAGGCUGGAGCUGUUUCACCCUUUGGGAUGCUGGGAAUGACAGGUGGCUUCAUGGACAUGUUUGGGAUGAUGAAUGAUAUGAUCGGGAAUGUGGAACACAUGACAACUGGAGCCAACUGUCAGACCUUUUCAUCUUCCACUGUCAUCUCUUACUCCAACCUGGGGGAUGGUGCUCCCAAAGUUUACCAAGAAACAUCUGAGAUGCGCUCAGCACCAGGGGGGGUGAUGCUGAAGCAUUUGACAACGAGUGGAGGAGAGAGACGUCCCGAUACCGGCCACAGCGCCCCCUGGAAUUUCGUCGGCAUGAGGCCACUGGGGCGGGUGGGGGGAGAAGGGCUGAGGGACCCCCUCGGCUGGCUAUACAGGGCCCUGAGGAUUCCCCCUCUCGACAGUCACGACGCUAUGAUUGGUGAGGGCCCCUCAGGUCCUCUCAUAAGUGUUGGUGGGAAAGGUAUCAUAGCUGAGGGAUGAAGUCCCUCAGUCAUUCCUCUGGCAUUUGGAGGAAACCCACUUGUUCCUAAUAUUUUAGAGUGUGGGAAUGGGGUAAAGAUCCUCUUGGAGCCAAUUUUGUUGAUAUAGGUCUCAGCUGGUCUAGGAAAGGAAAGAAAUUCUCCUAAACUGGAGAGUUGACCACAACCACCAAGACCCUUGUCAUCCAGCUUCUGUUUAUCCCCCUUCCUUCCUAUAUGACAAGCUUUCUCUCCCUCCACCCUCUAGGUACAGGCUGUGAGGGGCAGAGGAAUCACCCCUUGGAAUAACUCUCCUUUCCCCCAAUUUAAUAUUAAAUAGAGGUGAGCUGGCCCCUUCAAGCUUAGAAAGCCUUAGGGGGAGCUUUUCACUGCCCCCUUUACUGCUUUUACUCGCCCCUGCCCUCCUCCCUGUCCAAUCUUCCCCUCCCAUAGUGAAUUUACUGACACUUUUUUUUCUGUUGUUCUCUAGUCUCUUUUUUUUUCUUCCCCUCUAACCCCAGAUAAGUACAAGGUCCCUUAGAAUAAGUUCUGGGGAUAGGAGCCCCAUUUUCCCCCAAAGGUCUAUCAGUGGCCAUUGGAUCCUUUCUCAUCUCUACCCAGAAGUCCCAUGUUUGGGGCUGUGCCCCCUCCCUACCAGCUGGGUAUGGGGUGGGUAUUGGGUCCUCUUUCCUCUUGUCCUCUUGUCCUCUUAUCCUAUACCCCAUGCGCCCAUGCACAUGUGUGCACACACAGAUACACACACACACACACACACACAAACACACACACACACACUGUCUCUGCAUCCCUCUGCCCUUUGUGUGUGUGUGUAUGUAACUUGUAACUUUAUGGAAUAAAGGGGAAUGGAAAAGAGAGUUUUUA